CUUCAAGAAAAUCCAAAAGCCACCGUUUUUCUAAGACCACACCAUGAGUUCUGACCCAGAGAAGCCAACCACAACAGAACAAGCACUGGACGAAGACGAAGUGUCUCCCAUUGAGGAGGUUCGGUUAACCGUAACCAACACCGAUGACCCGACCCGUCCCGUAUGGACCUUCCGGAUGUGGUUCCUGGGUCUUCUCUCUUGCUCCCUCUUGUCCUUCCUCAACCAGUUCUUCGCAUACCGAACCGAACCCCUCAUCAUAACUCAGAUCACCGUUCAGGUGGCUACUCUCCCCAUUGGCCACUUCAUGGCGGCGAUUCUACCCACCACCAAGUUCAAAAUCCCCGGCUUCGGGUCAAACCUGUUUUCGUUCAACCCGGGUCCGUUUAACAUGAAGGAGCACGUGCUCAUUACCAUAUUCGCCAAUGCUGGUAGCGCAUUCGGAUCCGGGUCGCCCUAUGCGGUGGGCAUCGUCAACAUCAUCAAAGCCUUUUAUGGACGCAGCAUCUCCUUUCUCGCUUCUUGGCUUCUCAUCAUUACCACUCAGGUGCUAGGAUAUGGAUGGGCCGGGUUACUGAGGAAGUACGUGGUCGAACCGGCCCAUAUGUGGUGGCCCAGCACUCUCGUCCAGGUCUCACUUUUCCGAGCACUGCAUGAAAAAGAUGACCACCGACUUUCACGAGCAAAGUUCUUCUUUAUUGCACUAGUGUGCAGUUUUUCGUGGUAUGUGAUCCCUGGAUACUUCUUCACAACGCUCACAAACAUAUCAUGGGUGUGUUGGAUAUUCUCAAAGUCAGUCACAGCUCAGCAAAUAGGCUCAGGCAUGAAAGGCUUGGGCCUUGGAGCACUCACACUUGAUUGGUCUGCUGUGGCAUCAUUCUUGUUCAGCCCUCUAAUCUCACCCUUUUUUGCCAUUGUCAAUGUUUUUGUGGGUUAUGCAUUAAUAGUCUAUGCUGUGAUUCCUAUAGCAUACUGGGGCCUCAACGUGUACAAUGCCAAUAGGUUUCCCAUUUUCUCCUCACACUUGUUCACAGCCCAAGGUCAACAUUACAAUAUAUCUGCUAUUGUGGACAACAAUUUUGAGCUAAAUGUUGCAGAGUAUGAAAAGCAAGGUAGAAUUCAUCUAAGUGUGUUUUUUGCUCUCACCUAUGGCUUUGGAUUUGCCACCAUAGCAUCCACCCUUACGCAUGUUGUUUGCUUCUAUGGAAGAGAGAUUAUGGACCGCUAUCGUGCUUCUUCCAAGGGCAAAGAAGAUAUCCACACAAAAUUGAUGAAAAGAUACAAAGACAUACCUUCUUGGUGGUUUCAUUCAUUGCUGGGUGUGACACUUUUGGUUUCUCUCGCACUAUGCAUCUUUCUAAAUAAGCAGGUUCAGAUGCCGUGGUGGGGACUUCUCUUUGCUGGAGUCCUAGCUUUUGGAUUUACCCUCCCCAUCAGCAUCAUCACUGCCACCACAAACCAGACACCAGGAUUGAAUAUCAUCACCGAGUAUGUCUUCGGUCUGAUUUACCCUGGAAGACCAAUAGCAAAUGUUUGCUUCAAAACCUAUGGUUACAUUAGCAUGGCGCAGGCUGUCUCCUUCCUCAGUGAUUUCAAGCUCGGGCACUACAUGAAAAUUCCUCCAAGAUCAAUGUUCUUAGUUCAGUUCAUAGGUACAAUGCUUGCUGGAACCAUCAACAUUGGGGUAGCAUGGUGGUUGCUGAACUCUGUCAAGAAUAUAUGUCAUGAUGAUCUCCUUCCUGCAGACAGUCCCUGGACAUGCCCAGGGGACCGUGUAUUCUUUGAUGCAUCAGUUAUUUGGGGUCUGGUGGGACCAAGGCGUAUCUUUGGUUCUCAAGGAAACUACAGUGCAAUGAAUUGGUUUUUCCUUGGAGGAGCAUUAGGACCCAUAAUUGUUUGGCUAUUGCACAAAGCAUUUCCCAAACAGUCAUGGAUUCCCUUAAUCAACCUUCCAGUUCUCCUGGGAGCAACUGGGAUGAUGCCACCAGCAACACCAUUGAACUACAAUGCAUGGAUUUUCGUUGGAACAAUUUUCAACUUCUUUAUCUUCCGUUAUAGAAAGAAGUGGUGGCAGAGGUACAACUAUGUUCUAUCAGCAGCACUUGACAGUGGAGUUGCUUUUAUGACCGUCUUGCUCUACUUUUCACUUGGUUUGGAAAACAAGAGCCUUUCUUGGUGGGGAAAUGAUGGUGAACACUGUCCACUGGCAGCUUGCCCAACAGCAAAGGGCAUAACCGUUGAUGGUUGCCCAGCAAACUAGUUAGCAGUGAUUUUAUGCAUCUUUUAAUGGUUUCAUUA